AUGAAAUCCACCACAUUAUCCUCAUCAUCUUUGUUCAUUAUUUUCUUGUCUCUAAUAUUAUAUGCUGCUCCAGCAUUAUCUGAAUCCUUGUAUGAAACGUUAUGCGCUUCAACAAGUCAAGAUGCCAAUGUCUGCUUGAUGCUCUUGAAAUCUGACUCAAGAGUCACUUCAGCCACAAACUAUGAUGAUCUCUCAAAGUAUAUCUUGGAGUUGGCAGUAAAGGAUACGAUGGAAGUUCAAAGUUUUAUGGCCAGUCAGUUCAGUACCCGUCCCAGUGAUGAAGGUAUUAGACAAUGUACACUGUCUUUCUACCCUAGGGCUAUUGAAUUAUUCAAAAGUGCGUUAAGUAAGUUCGCAAAGGAUCCUCAAAAUGCAAAAAAUGAUAUACAAGGUGCUGGUUAUGAAUCUGGCCUUUGUGUGAAAGCUCUUCAAGAAGAAGGGAGAAAUGAUGCUUCGAUUAAAGAGCGAAACAAUCAAAUCUUUGUUAUUAGUGAAGUUGCUUUUUUGUCUGUAAAUCAUCUUACAUAG